UACAGGCUAGCAUUGAAAAAUGGCAAUGUUUUCGCGAAGGAGCCCGUUCGCCAUAACUGCUACAUAUAUUUUCAUACUAGUUGUUCAAGCCACGCAGGUAAAUAUUGUCACCGCAUCGGCCUUUAAGGAGGCAGCCGUAGUAAGCACAGCAGCGGGUACCAUGCGUGGUGGAAUACAUAUCGUUGCUGAGGGCAGAAAAGUGUACAGCUUUACCGGUAUACCCUACGCUGAACCACCACUCGGAGAGCUACGGUACAAGAAACCACAGCCAGCCACUCCAUGGGGUGAUGAAGUACUCGACGCUACGAAGACACCACCAUCUUGCAUGCAAAUCAGUGUGUUUUCUGCAAGGCAUCUGCUAUGGGUCCCAUAUGACCGACCGAAGAGUGAGGACUGCCUCUACCUCAACGUAUGGACACCGAAGCUGGGUUCAUCGGCCCACCUGCCUGUGAUGGCAUGGCUACAUGGGGGAGAAUUUCAAGUUGGCUCGGCUGCAAUGUGGCUCGAUGACGGCGGAAAUUUGGCUGCUCUCGGGCAGGUCGUCGUGGUCACCAUUGCGUACAGGCUGCAGUCGUAUGGCUUCCUGUAUGAUGGAAGGGAAAACGCUCCUGGUAACCAAGCCUUUCACGACCAGGUACUGGCGCUGAAGUGGAUACAAGACAACAUCGAGGUGUUUGGAGGCGACCCAGAUUCUGUGACCUUGUUUGGAUGGAGCGCUGGGGGCAUAUCAACUGGUUUUCACCUCCUAUCCCCAGGAAGUCAGAGUUUUUUCAAGAGAGCAAUUAUUCAGAGUGCCGGUGUUACAAACCAUGGUCGUGCAAAAAGCCCGUCGACGAUGCUGGACUAUACCAAACAAUUCGCGCAGAUAUUCGGUUGCUACAACACAAGUUCUGAAUCAAACUUUUCCUCAGAGAGCAUAGCUUGCCUGCGAAGUGUCAACGCCACACUGAUCACGUCAGUUGAACAGACUUUUGUAGAUAUAGGGAUUGGUAGGUUCGAACCCAUUUAUGGAGAUGAAUUCCUGCCUGUGGAAAACAGCGAAGCUUCUUUUCCAGGAGACAAAGACGUUAUAAUUGGCCACGUGGCAAAUGAGGGGAGUAUAAUCAUUUACAACAUCUUCAGAGACACUUUCUCUCAAGUCCUACCACCUCGAAAUAUAAGCAAGGCUGAAAUUAUUCACUAUUUAGGAACGAUGUACAGUACCUUACCUCUUUCGGAAUUGUUGAAGCUUCAAAGUAUCUACAUGGACAACAUUUCGGAUUUUGACUAUGACCGAGUGCGCGAAGCCUUCAUUCAGAUUAACAGUGACUCCCGAAUGGUUUGCGGUACAUUUAUGACAGCUUUGAAACUGUCCAAUGCAACGGCUACAGCAAACACUGGCAAGGGUGUUUACGUUUACGAAAUGGACUACGUCUCUCGCUGCAACAAAAGACGUCCCUGGUUCGGUAUGACUCAUGCGGACGAGACACCCCUUGAGUUUGGGAGACCCUUUGAUCCCGACUAUGGAUGCUUGCCUGACAUUCCGUUCAGUAAAAAACUCAUCGACGUAUGGACCAACUUUGCAAAAGGAAGAAGACCGAUCGGGCCAUCUGGAGCUGAGUGGCCGCAGUUCCAGCCAGAUACUAUGAAAUUUCUUAUGAUCACUGCACAGAAAAGUGAGGUUAAGACCUUUGAUUCUGGUGAUCGCUGUGCUUUGCUUAAAGAACUUCAACUCUAUUAAAGAACUAACUUUUUCCGGGAAGUGCAGCUUGUUCGAGAAAACGACCACGCAAAAA